CUGGUGCAGAUUUGUUGACAUAAUUGUAAUCCAAACCCAACCUCAAUAGCCCUUAUGCACAUUCCAUGAUCGAACGUUCUAAACACACUUCCUAUCGGUGUGGCAAUUUCUGGUCAGUCUAGUUGUUAUCGACAAUAUAACGUUACAACCACUCUUGCAGUUUUUUACUAGGUGUCUUCAGGACUUGCCUCAAAUUAAUAUUGAUGUACUGUUAAAUCAGCCCCCAAGACUCCAGCUAGCAAGAAUGAAAAGGGGUUCAAGAUGUAUAUAGGAAGCUACAUAGACAACUAUGAAGUAUCUAACAAAGACACAUUGACAGGGGAGAUCACCGCGAGGGCUGCCUGCCACAGGUCUAUGAGGAAGAGUGAAAAGCCGCACAGCAUGAGAGUGGGGAAAGGUUAUAGAUAGCUACUCGGGACCUUGUUAAACAUCUCCUGUGGGACACUGUCAUCAUGGUCAAAAUGUGUUGGAGACAGUGUCAAGGUUUAAUCUUAUCAAUAGAUAUAUAUUAAUGAUGGGUUCCAAUCCCAAUUUAGAAUUGCCCACUUAACAGGUUAUUUGGUAAAGAUCUGUUGAUGCAGUGUUUGGUAAUUGUGUUACGGAGACACAAUCUAAUCCUGUGUAGUUAAAUGAGCCCCUAGUUAAGAAGACUAGACACUACUAUGUUUAUUGUUAUUUAUGGGCCGCAUCAUUCUUGUUUCUCACUUCAGUCUUUCAUCACACUUAUCUUCACAGAUGGUGUUAAAGCACUCCGUACCAGUGAUCGUGGUCCAAAGCCACUGCUCCUGUGUUGCAGGAAGUGCUCUGUGCAAUCACCUGGUGGCCCUUCUUUACCAGACAGCGCACUACUCUCAACUAAACAUUCCUGCUGCACCACCAAUUCACAGCUGCACAGACACAGAACAGUUUUGGCACAAGCUAAGAACACUUGUGAGUUUAUCAAUAUCCAUAAAGAAAUGCACCUUAAAAGUAUUCAGCCUAUGUAACAGUAAAUCCUGUUAAUUAGGGUGUGAAGCCAGGUCCGGUUGAUGGGAUGGAGUUCCAUAAACCUACUAACUCGUGUGCUGAUGGAAUAAGAAGUUCUCUCUACAAAGCACUCAAUGGAUACAUGCCUGACAUGGACCUUCUCCGCAUCUCAGAAACGUAUGCCAACUUUUAUCCACUUACUGCCCCUCUUGUAACAACAAUGGAAACCUACGAGAUGUCACACAAAUUCAAGGUUGCUACAAGGGAGCAGAGCAGCAGCCCAGAAUGGCAUAAGCUUAGGAAAAUGAGAAUAACAUCCUCUCGUUUCCGAGAGGUUUGCCAUGUCCGGGGAGAGACCUCAGCUGACUACCUAGCUGAGCAGAUGUUCAAGGGAUCUGGUAUGCAGACCAUGGAGAUGAAGAGGGGGCUAGCCAUGGAGCCAUUGGCUGUACAGGAGUACUGCGCACUGAAGAAUGUUAACUUCUUUCCGUGUGGCUUCGUAGUGCACCCAGAUGCUCCGUGGUUAGGAUCCUCUCCAGAUGGAAUCAUAUUUGAUCCCAGUGUGAGACCACACUUUGGACUCUUAGAGGUCAAGUGCCCAAAUGUACCAAGUUAUGUUGACUGCCCUUACCUGAAGAUACAGAAUGGAGAGCUGAAGUUGAAGAGAUCUCCUGCUUACUACUGGCAGGUGCAAGGUCAAAUUCUUCUCACAGGUUGUAGCUGGUGUGACUGUCAUCUGUGCACAGGAGGACAUCCUAGUUGAAAGGAUAUAGAAAGAUCUACAGGUUUCAAAAACUAUGAGAGAAGGUUGACCACUUUUAUUUUUACCACUACUUACAUCAGUGUCUCUCGCACCUGAAUGGAUCCCCUGCAUGGGUGCCAAGUUUAGGGGUUUUAUGAAAAAUAAGUAUUGAUGUUCUUGUGAAGAAAUCUACAGUAGAAUAGAUUUGUUUGAAAAAAAUGCAUUUCAGCAAAUGUUCAACAGUUCAGUUAAUCAAUUACACAUCUCUAACAUUGUAUUCAA